GCUGGUCCAGCCGUCCAGCCAAGGAAUGUGGUGAAAAAAAGCAGUCGGCUAAAGCAGAUCAAAUCCAUCCAAAAACAGCAACACCACCUACAGCAAAGCCGGGAGUCGAGGAGGACCCAUGACAGCAGGAGCAGCCAGGACCAGGGCGGAUGUGUGGUCGGGGCCUGCAGGUUGCAUCGCAGGUUGCAGAAGCGGCUCCAUCCCUGAAGUGGACUGGCCGGGGGCAGGAUGCUGACCAUCAAACUGCCCCAGCUGCUCAGCGUCCAUCAGAUGCCCCGGGUGUUCUGGGAGGACGGGAUCAUGUCGGGGUACAGACACCCCAAAAGUUCUGCCCUGGACUGUCUGCUCAGCUCUUUUCAGAUGACCAAUGAAACUGUUAAUAUCUGGACCCAUUUUCUACCAACGUGGUACUUCCUCUGGAGAUUCCUGCUGCUGUCUUACACUUUGGAUUUUUGGGGGGAGUCUUAUAACUGGCCCCUCUUAGUUUACAUGAUGCUCAUUUGUCUGUACCCCUUUACCUCCAGUUUUGCCCACACCUUCAGCAGCAUGUCUGCCCAUGCCCGUCACAUCUGCUACUUUCUGGACUAUGGAGCCCUGAGUCUCUACAGUCUGGGCUGUGCCUUCACCUAUGGAGCCUAUGUCAUGCCGGACCGCUGGAUAAAUGGCGUCCUCCACCGACACUUUGUCCCGAUCGCUGCCUUUAACACCUUCAUCUGCACCGGCCUGUCCUGCUACUCCCGAUUCCUGGAGGUGGACCGCCCGGCACUCAGUAAAAUCUUCCGCACAGCAGCCUUUGUUCAUCCUUUCGUCUUUGACAACAUCCCUCUGUUUUAUCGGCUCCUGUUUUGCUAUGGGGACGAUUGUAACAGGAACGAGGCCAUUCCUCUCCACCUCUAUCAUCUCUUCUUCGCCUUCCUGACUGGAUUCCUUUUCGCUUCCCACCUGCCGGAACGGCUGGCCCCUGGACGAUUUGACUAUUUUGGCCACAGCCACCAGCUCUUCCACGUCUGUGCCGUCCUGGGUACGCACUUCCAGAUGGAAGCCGUCCUUGCUGAUCGAUCAUCUCGCCAAGCUUGGCUAAGUUCACAUUCAGAAGCCGACACACUCGCCAGCACCUUGGGGGUUGUGGCCACUUCGGCCAUUGGAAACGUUAUUCUCAUCUGUUUCUUCACUGCAACUUUACUAUGGUCUCCUCAAGCCGACUCCAUUCUCCAGAAUCACAUCCCAGGUGAGGCCAAAGUGAAAGAGCAUUGACCCUACAGCCCUGCGUCAGAAGAAGGACCAUGUUCAUCUCCGUCUUCGCCAUAUUGGGGAUUUCUCCCCCCUCUCUACCCCAGGUUUCUCCAGCUCUUCUCCGACUAAAGGGCUGAUGCUAGAAAAUGUAUUUUUGAGAAAAAAAGGAAAUUAACAGCAGCACCGAGUAUAUACCGCCAAGUGCGGGAGGUUUUCAGCCCCCAUCUCUUUAUAAAUCUUGUGGAAGUGCACGGUCCUAGUCACGAUCACGUUGAAUCAGUUGCUCAGGUAGACGUCUUAUUGUUUGACCAAGGAACGUUGAGUUGGUUUUCUGUAUAUGUAGCCAUCUUUAGGUCCACAAUUAUGGUGAGGUGAGGGAUAGUAGCAUUGGAUAGGCUCCAUAAGUGCAUAUGAAAUCGCACAGAGAUCCCCUGGUGCAGCCGGGCUCAGUUUAGAGACCCCCUGUUAACGGUUAUUGGUCUCGUGAAGAAGGACAUGCUCUGGGAUUUACACACUGAUGACCUAUCCUUAAGGGCUGUUUCACACGAGCGGAUGCCGUGCGUGACAUCCGCUGCGUCAAUG